AGAUUUGUUUCUGACCAGUAACUGGAGCUAUUAUAUCUACAGUAAAUGGGCUGUUACUGAAGCACAGAGAGACUAGAGCGGCUAGAGGCUGAAGAAUGUGGCUCAAAAGUCAGAUCUUGCUCUUAUAUUGCAUUGCAAGUGAAGUUUGGAUGGCAAAGCGGCUUGACGCUAGGAGAAAUUUGACCAAGGAACUUUAUUCUCUUGAAGACAGUGGUUCUGCAAAGUGGAACAGGCUGAAAAGGAGUCUAUAUCAGGGCAAGUCCUGCAGGAUACGAGGCUGCUGCACAGGAAGGAAUGAUGACUGCAGCUUUAACAUUGCUUCCAGAGCAGCUAUAUGUUACUGUGACCAGUUCUGUGCCUCAGGUCCUCCUGGCCCCAUAGACUGUUGUGCUGACUAUUGGGAUGCUUGUGAGAACGCCGUUGAGCCCACCAGGUCUGAUGAGCCUUGGCCACCUCCAGCAUCAGGUUGUUAUAAAGAUGGCCGAUAUUAUGGAGAAGGAGCAAUAAUUAAAGACAACUGCAAUUCCUGCAAAUGUGUCCAAAGUAACUGGAAGUGUUCAAAUGAAGUAUGCCUUGUUCGCCCAGACUUGAUUCACCACAUCAAUUCUGGAGAUUACGGAUGGAAAGCUGACAACUAUACUCAGUUCUGGGGCAUGACACUGGAAGAAGGUUUCAGAAAGCGCUUGGGCACAUUACCUCCAUCUCAUUCCUUGCUGAACAUGAAAGCGAUUCCAGGAAGCUCCGUUCCAGAAGAAAAAUUUCCUGAGUUUUUUGCAGCCACUUAUGCGUGGCCUGAUUGGAUUCAUGAUCCUUUGGACCAAAGAAACUGUGGAGCAUCCUGGGCAUUUUCAACUGCAAGUGUUGCAGCAGAUAGAAUAACAAUUCAUUCUGAUGGUCAAAUCACAGACAACCUUUCUGUUCAGAACUUGAUCUCUUGUGAUACCGGGAAUCAACGUGGAUGUAAUGGUGGCAGUAUUGAUGGUGCUUGGAGAUAUUUGACAACACAUGGAGUCGUAUCCUAUGCCUGCUAUCCCUCAUUUUGGAAGCAUCAUCUGGAUUCACCAAGUGAAAAUCAGUGUUAUGUGUCCAGUGAAUAUGGAAAAAACCAUACAAAUGGCCCUUGUCCCAAUGCUUUAGAAGAUUCCAAUCGGUUAUAUCGCUGCGGCUCUCACUACAGGGUCUCCUCAAAAGAAACAGAUAUAAUGGAAGAAAUCAUGGCCAAAGGACCUGUGCAAGCUAUAAUGAAAGUGUAUGAGGAUUUUUUCCUUUACAAAGAAGGAAUCUAUAGACACUCCUACAAAGCAGGAUCCAAAUGGAAAACUCACUCAGUGAAACUCCUUGGGUGGGGAUCAUUACCUGGCAAAAAUGGACAAAAACAGAAGUUCUGGAUUGCAGCAAAUUCAUGGGGAAAAUACUGGGGAGAAAAUGGCUAUUUUAGGAUUCUACGUGGACAAAAUGAAUGUGAUAUUGAGAAGCUGAUUUUAACUACUUUGGGAUAACCACUGCCUUUUACCAAAAGUAUUAUACUGUAUGCUGCUUUGUGUAUCUGUUCUUCCACUGUUGUACAUCAAGUCUUUCCAGAGAAAUAAAAAAUUCAUCUCUUA